AAGUAAAGCUGAAGGGGAGGAGCAGGAGUAGGAAGAAAAGUAGAUCUUUGAAAGCUUGCAGAGAUUGCCUGGAAGAACUGGAGGGGACUCACGACCUGGUUUCACUUCUGCAAAGCUGCCUGGAGAGGCUUCCUGGCAAGGGCAACUUUCAUCAGCUCUCAUGUCAAGACCCUCCUGGUGAGACGUGCAAAGCCGUGCCUGCUGGAGCCUGUGGAAGAUACUGCUUGAAGGGUUGGGAACCCUGCAUGAACACCUCCUGUAGGGUUUCCUUCCUUGAUCCAGACACUCGAGAGGUGCUGGAAGCACAUAUUAAAAGGUUUUGGGUAAAGCACAGGUGGACCCUACCCCUCAAGGUCCUCAAGCCCAUAAAUCUCUUUAAGUCGAAAAAGUGCCAACCCUCCACCGUUCUGCAGUUUGCCACUUCCCCUUCAGCCACCUGUGUGUCUGGGUCCCACUCAACAGUCAAGUUUGCUGAGUUCCUGGAGAAACCUCCUCGGGCUCAUUCAGGAGAGAAGGUGAUAAGAGAAGAGUCAGUUCCUACCCUGAAGAGGCCUCUCCUUGUCCCCUCAACUGUGUGUAAGGAAAUCCAGAGUACCCUGGGAGCGGUUCCAUCUAUUGACUACCAUGGGCCCUCAAAGGCUUCUCUGACUGGACAGGAGGGCAGGCCACCUUCUCAGUCCCUCACACUCAGCCUUGUGGGCAGAACCUGGAAGAGUGAGAGUGUGGAAUGGGUCAAGAGGGACAGCCUAGAGCCAGGUCCAAUUUCAGCAAUGGUCAGGAAUGAGCCAAGAGAGGAGAGUGGUGGUCAGGCCUCACGAGACCCCUGCCAUAGGGUAACAGUGAUGGAGGUGAACUUAGGAUCCCAAUCUUUGAGAGGUGAAGAGGCCAGGGAGGCUGUGGAGGCCAAGGAGUCUCCUGCUCUUCAACCACAGUCUAGUGUUAUCCUGGAAACCAAAGUGUUGACAAAAUCCCAAAUCACAAAUGUACAUAUGAGGAGUUUAGAGGCGCCAGGGGCCAGUAGAAGUUUUCUACUACCUAGACUGUCUGUUUUCCAACAUCCAGGGUGCAUGGUGGACACAGCUCCAGGUGGUGUGUUUCUCAUUGUGGAGAUUUCUGUUCCAGCUGAUGCCCCUGAUCCAGAUGACAACAGAAAUGGACCCCAUCCCCCAUCCCUGUCAGGCCCCUCAACACGUGGAAAUGCUGUGACCUGGGGUGGAGGGGGCAGAGUGAGCACAGGACUGCUCACACCCCUGGUUUCUCCCUGGAGCCAGGCCCUACCUCUGGGCCCCAAUUCCCAAGGCAGCCUCCAGAAUGGGCAGAGCAGUGAGAGUGGAGCCAGGACUUGUGGGAGGGGUCGGUACCCAGAGGAAAGAGUUGACAGGGCUGGGACCUGA